UUUCGUGUACGAUUGUCGACAUAAUGAGUGGAAAUUUUUGAGAUUCUCGUCGAUUUUUAUUUUGUGCAAUUUUUGAAGAUCCAAACAUGAAGACUUUUUGUCUCAUUUUGUGCCUACUUCCUGUAUUAUUCACCAUUAUAUCAUCAACAAACAUCGACUGUACUUACCAAAUUUACACAUUCUUCGUCAUCGGACCAACUUACUACUGCAAAGUGUCAUCAAACCUCAACAUAACAUCCCCAGAAUUAGCAGCUAUCGACAGUGCAUCUGAUAAUCAUACAGCAUCCAAAUCUAACGACGAUGUUUUCGGUUUCUGGGCUGAAAACAAAACUGUCAACUUUUUCCCACAAAAUUUAGAUAAAAUCUUCAAAAAUCUCAAACUUAUUGUCAUUAUGCAUGGAAAAAUCAAUGAAAUUUAUCAAGAUGACUUAAAGCCCUUCCCACAGCUUGAAUAUCUAAACCUCCACAACAACACAAUCGAGGUUCUAGAGGAAGGACUUUUCGACUUUAACCCAAACUUAGCCUUCAUUUCAUUUGCCAACAAUAAACUUUACAAAAUUCAUCCAGAAAUUUUUGAUAAAUUACCAAAAUUGUCAUUUUUGUUCCUCGAUGCCAAUAAAUGUGUCGAUAAACUAGCUAAAGAUGAUUAUAAAGCACUCAGCAAGGCUAUUAAGGAAGUCAAAUUUAAAUGUUUAAAUGACACAAUAACAACAACAACAUCAACAACUACUGAAAUGAGUAGAAUUAAUCAGGAGAAAUUGAUGGAUGAAAAAAAUUCUGGAAGUAAAUUUGAAUUGGGAUUUUUUGUCAUUUUGGGACUUGUGCUUAGUGUUUUGAAUUGUUAAGUGGAACUUAGUGGAAUAUUAGAAAUAUU